CCUCCCACUCCACUGUGUGUCUUUCUUUGUGUUUGUGACUUACUGCUGAUUCUCACAGUGGAGUGUAGAGUUUCACUUCUCUUAUCUGAUCAAAAAGAAAAAUACACAGACAAAAAAACAACAACACCACAUUAGGUAACUUGUUACUUAAACUGAUGCUGGUUCAGCUGUUUAAGAAGGCUUCAGCUCACCAUGGCCUACCGCCUGUUUGAAGGCAAGCAGCAUGCUUCUUCCUACUGGAGGUACAGGAUCUCUCCAUCAGGUCAUCUAUUUCAACACGUGCUCGACUUCCUGGAAAAACAUAAAGGUCGGCCCUUUGAGCUGGCAGUGGACGUGGGAUGCGGCUCAGGACAGGGCACUCUGCUGCUGGCCAGACACUUCGCCUCUGUGGUGGGCACUGACGUGAGUCCCGCCCAGCUGGAAGUGGCUUUGCAGCACGCCAAAGAGCCGAACAUCACGUACAAACAGUGUGGUGCCGAGGAGCUGCCACUCGCUGACAGCUCAGUGGACCUGGUGACGGCCAUGUCUGCCUUCCACUGGUUUGACAGGCCACGCUUUCUCGAAGAGGUCCACAGGGUCCUGAAGCCCCGCGGCUGCUUAGCCUUGCUCAACUACACCAUUGACAUGGAGCUCAGCUACGCCGACUGCUGCUCGCACUCACUAAACCAAGUCUGCAAAGAGUUUUAUGCAGCGUUGCAGCCGUACCGCAGCCCCCACCUUGGAGUGAGCUCUAUUAACUUGUACCGGGAGGCCUUAGAAACGAUUCCCUACCCUCACAAGGAAUGGCAGGAGUGUUUGUGGGACAGAAAGACCAUGCCUCUGUCCAGCUACAUGGGGCUGGUGGAGUCUUUCUCCAGCUAUCAGGCUCUGCUGAGAGACGACCCGCAGGAGGCCUCCAGACUCUCCCAGGACAUCUGUCAGAGGCUGAUGUCUGUAAUGAAGGUGACCUCUGCAGAGACAGAGGUGGUGGUGGCUGUCAAGUAUUUCUACCUUUUGGCCUGCAAACCACAGGAAGCCUGACACCCGUCUCCUCCAUUAUUAUUAUUAUCAUAACAACAAAAACGAACCUAAUUAAGGAUCCAGUAGAAAACAUGUCCUGUUUUUGUUUUCCCUUCAGUUUCUCUGUGCACAAAUGUAUCUCUUUGAUACUCAAAAUUUAGGACAAGCUCAGAAACAAAUAGUGCUAUAUAAUGCUUUAAUUACAUAAUUUAUUUCCUGUAUUUUAACUAAAAUUAGUCACGUGUGUACAUUUACCGUACAAACAUAAGAGUGAUAUUCAUCAUCACACUUAAUGAUCCAGCUUUUAUAAAACCAGCCUUUUCAUAGAGAAGUUGCACAGAAAGGUUGUGCAGAUAUUAUCUGCUGAAUACGCACUUUUCCCAAUAAGCACAGAAUUAUAUACUCAGUGUUUGCAUCAGAUUGCUUUAGUAAAUUCUCAGAAACAUGUGAAGCCUUCAUGGUGUUUCAUAAGUUGCCACUAGAGGGAGCCAUUGAUCAAUGUUCUACUGAUGACUGAGACCAUUCCGAUCAGGUUUUUGUAAGUCUGGCAAAGCACCACCAUUAAAACCCGACUGCUGUGUC